UGACCGGUUUGGGCCGCCCCGCCUGGCUCUGCUGGGAGGAGCCGCCGUCAGUCGGGGCCUCGGUCCCUCCCUCGGGACUCCCGCGCGUCCGGACCCGAGGGCCGAGAGGGAGCGCGAGCCGGCAGGCGGCCGUCGGGGCAGGGCGCCCGCAGGGAUGGGGGGCGAGCGGCAGCAUUACUACGGGAAGCACGGAACACCACAGAAGUAUGACCCCACCUUCAAAGGACCCAUUUACAACAGAGGCUGCACAGACGUCAUUUGCUGUGUGUUCCUCCUCCUGGCCAUUGUGGGCUAUGUGGCUGUAGGCAUCAUAGCUUGGACUCACGGGGACCCGCGAAAAGUGAUCUACCCCACUGAUAGCCGAGGCGAGUUCUGCGGGCAGAAGGGCACGAAAAAUGAGAACAAACCCUUCCUGUUUUAUUUCAACAUUGUGAAGUGUGCCAGUCCCCUGGUCCUGCUGGAAUUCCAGUGUCCCACCCCCCAGAUCUGCGUGGAGAAAUGUCCUGACCGUUACCUCACCUACCUGAACGCUCACAGAUCCCAGGACUUUCAGUACUACAAGCAGUUCUGUGUGCCUGGCUUCCAGAACAACAAGGGUGUGGCUGAGGUCCUCCGAGAUAGCGACUGCCCCGCCGUCCUCACCCCCAGCAAACCCCUGGCCCGGCGGUGCUUCCCAGACAUCCACAGCCACAAGGGGGUCCUCAUGGUGGGCAACGAGACAACCUAUGAGGAUGGGCAUGGCUCUCGGAAAAACAUCACAGAGCUGGUGGAAGGCGCCAAGAAGGCCAAUGGAGUCCUGGAGGCCCGGCAGCUGGCCAUGCGGAUAUUUGAAGAUUAUACAGUCUCCUGGUACUGGAUUAUCAUAGGCCUGGUCAUCGCCAUGGUAUUGAGCCUCCUGUUCAUCGUCCUGCUCCGCUUCUUGGCUGGCAUUAUGAUCUGGGUGAUGAUCGUCAUGGUGAUUUUGGUUCUAGGCUACGGAAUAUUUCAUUGCUACAUGGAGUACGCUCGACUGCGUGGCGAGGCCGGCUCUGACAUCUCCCUGGUGGACCUUGGCUUCCAGACGGACCUCCGUGUGUACCUGCACUUGCGGCAGACCUGGAUGGCCUUCAUGAUCAUUCUGAGCAUUCUCGAGGUUAUUAUCAUCUUACUGCUCAUCUUCCUACGGAAGAGAAUUCUCAUCGCCAUUGCACUCAUUAAAGAAGCCAGCAGGGCUGUGGGAUACGUGAUGUGCUCCUUGCUGUACCCGCUGGUCACCUUCUUCCUGCUGUGCCUUUGCAUCGCCUACUGGGCUAGCACUGCUAUCUUUCUGUCCACUUCCAACGAAGCUGUCUAUAAGAUCUUCAAUGACACCGCUUGCUCAGUUGCUGGGAAAACCUGUAACCCUGAGACCUUCCCCUCCUCCAAUGAAUCCCGCCUGUGCCCUGGAGCCCACUGCCAGUUCGCCUUCUACGGUGGUGAGUCGACUUACCACCGGGCCCUGCUGGGCCUGCAGAUCUUCAAUGCCUUCAUGUUCUUCUGGCUGGCCAACUUCGUGCUGGCGCUGGGCCAGGUCACGCUAGCUGGUGCCUUCGCCUCCUACUACUGGGCCCUGAACAAGCCGGAUGACCUGCCUGCCUUCCCACUCUUCUCUGCCUUCGGCCGGGCGCUCAGGUACCACACAGGCUCUCUGGCCUUCGGCUCCCUCAUUCUGGCCAUCGUGCAGACCAUCCGAGUGAUACUCGAGUACUUGGAUCAGCGCCUGAAAGCUGCGGAGAACAAGUUUGCAAAGUUCCUCAUGACCUGUCUCAAAUGCUGCUUCUGGUGCCUGGAGAAAUUCAUCAGAUUCCUCAACAGGAAUGCCUACAUCAUGAUUGCCAUCUACGGCACCAACUUCUGCACCUCAGCCAGAAACGCCUUCUUCCUGCUCAUGAGAAACAUCAUCAGGGUGGCUGUCCUGGACAAAGUUACCGACUUCCUCUUCCUGUUGGGCAAACUUCUCAUCGUGGGUAGUGUGGGGAUCCUGGCUUUCUUCUUCUUCACCCACCGAAUCAGGAUCGUGCAGGACACAGCACCACCCCUCAAUUAUUACUGGGUCCCUAUACUGACGGUGAUCAUUGGCUCCUACCUGAUUGCCCACGGCUUCUUCAGCGUCUACGGCAUGUGUGUGGACACACUGUUCCUCUGUUUCUUGGAGGACCUGGAGAGGAACGAUGGCACCGCUGAGAGGCCUUACUUCAUGUCUCUCACCCUUAAGAAGCUUUUGAACAAGACCAACAAGAAGCCAGCGGAGUCCUAAAGGCCCCGCCCUCCUACCCCUCCCAGGAAGUCUCACAAUGGGUGCUUGGCAGCUGGGUCAGAACCCCCAGCCCAUCGGGCUGACCUGAAGUCCUAUCACUGCCGCCCCCUUCCUGCCCCUCCCCAUCAUCCAGUUACCACCAGUUUCCGGGAACCUGGAGGGUUUGUGGGAUCUCCUCCCUAUGCCAAGGGCCAGUACGUGUUUUCACGGCCGCCCCCACCCCACCCCACUACCCAAGACUGUGCGAUGAGUCUCUCCAGCCCCCACUGGCCCGGAUGAGAAGCCCAGCGAGGCUUCUUGAUGUCUGACAUGCAAGGGCCCUCUGCGGGCUGCCCGCUGCUUCCUGUCCCCCUCUUAUGACAAGACAGCGUUUGUGUCUGCAGCAGCGGUGGCCACAGGAAGGCCACCUUUCACUUGCGUCUGCUCCGGCCAGGAUGCCAGGACCCUUCUCCGGGGCUGAACAACUGGCUACCGGCUGCUGCAGGCAUUUAUUAUUAUUUUUUUAACCUGGACAUGCGUUAAAGGGUCUGUUAGCUUUUUUUCUGUCAUCACGGCUGACAUGGGGACACGGAGGAAUGCUUUCCGAUGUCCCCUCCUCGGGUAUGGCUGGGGUGGGGGGUGGGGUGCCAGGUAGGGGUGUCUCCUGGCUGUCCGGGGUGGGAGGCUGGGAUCAAGCUGGUGUGGAACAGGGGGGAGGAGGUCGCUAAUAGCGGCUUAAUGGAAACCGGCUGGCUGGCAGGUUGGGCUGAAUCUCGCCGUCCCCCGCUGCCCUUCUCUGCCAGUUAUUGACACAGCUCUCUUUGUAAGAGAGAAAAGAAACUGAAUCCACCCAAGGGAUGAUUUCAGAGGAAGUGGGGAGAUGGGCAGAUGCCCUAGGCAAAUGAGGGGACCCCCCCCCGCCGCCCAGUCACCUCACCUUGAGGAUCCUUUUGCCAAAUUUGUUAACUCGGGGGGAACGGGUGUGCUGGUUCCCCCUUCGCCAUAUCCCAAGCCCCCCCCCCCCCCCCCCGGACCCCCCCCCGCCGCCCAGUCACCUCACCUUGAGGAUCCUUUUGCCAAAUUUGUUAACUCGGGGGGAACGGGUGUGCUGGUUCCCCCUUCGCCAUAUCCCAAGCCCCCCCCCCUCCCCACAAUCCAAUCCAGGAUCCCAAUCCGGGAUCUGGAGAAAUCCCAGCCUGGGGUUUCUGUCUCCGGUGCCUGCCACCCCCUCCCCCAUUCUGUCCGUACACCCCUACUUGUAACUGCAUUCCAACCACUAAUAAAGUGCCUAUUGUACAGAG